CCCCAGUAUAUACGAGGGAGACAUGAGGGCCGAGGAGGACGUCCUUCAAUGGCUCGUCCAACAGAAGACUGAGGACACCAUCGAGUCUGUGAAUCGGGAACUCCUGGAACAGCUCAUUGAGACGACACAAUAUUUGGUGGUCUUCUUCUAUAAGCCGAGCUGUAGGGCCUGUGAUAUAGUGUUGGAUGAGUUGGAGAACAUUGACGACGACUGCGAGAUAUAUGGCAUUAAUUUUGUCAAAAUACAGGACAUACCGCUCGCCAAACGCUACGGCAUAAAGACAUACCCGGCCCUCAUCUACUUCCGCAAUGGAAAUCCACUCAUAUAUGACGGCGACCUCCGGAACGAGGAGGCGGUACUCGAAUGGCUGAUCGACGACGACAACCGGGAGUUGGCCGACGAG